GGCGGUUAGUAGAUGCAAGAGACCAUCAAUUGGCUUCUGGGUAAGGGAGGCUCACGAUAAAAUCCCACUUUUGUUCCGGUUGGACAGUCACCUUUCGCCGGAACAAAUCAAAAAACCCCAUCUUGUCAACAAGUUGAAGGGCAAGUAGAGCUGCCCAAAAGAAGUCCUAGUCGGGUAAGAGUAAAGAAAGGAGAGUUAGGUCAAUCGACACAGUCGAUACCAAUUGAAAUAAACCCGAAAAGAGUAAAGAAGAUUAUGAGUGGAAUGCUCCCGGACCCGCCGUCGGCACAAGUCGUCCCUCGUCCAGCGAUGGUGUUGACUGUGCCUACCUCUGUGAAGGGAGUGGAAAGAAGAGAAAGGAUAAUCGAUGAACCGUCGAGCCCUAUUCCAACUGGAGUCGCAUUGCCGCAGGUGGUUCAGAAUGGUUGUGGAAGCGCCGCCGAGGAUUUGCGUGCGUCUGCGGAUUGGAAUCGGGAAGACUGCGGAGGGCGUGCGCAGAGGACGGGGACGGGGCCAGCGAUUGGCAAAGUGAUGGGCAGUGAUGAGCCCGGAUCGACAGGUCAAAAGUGGGUUUGCGUGCUUGCGACGUCGCAAGUUAUGGUCGACCCGAUUGCUAUUGUGGCCGAGGUAGUUCAAUUGGGAGACGGGAUGAAAGUCAAGGAUCAAGUGAAAUGGGAGCGAGGAGAUGCCCAGAGAAGAGUGGCCGAAGAUGAGAUUCUGCGGAUGCACCGCAAGCAAGGGUCUUGUCUCAUUUUUGCACACCCAGUCGCCAGGAACGCCAGGAACGUCAGGUACCAAGACGAAAGGGGCCAGUGCGAGGCCGAGGCGGCGUCGAUGUGCACGCCAAGGGAAUGGCUUGGGUGCAACCCCGAGCCACACUACCUAAGACCUUCGAGCUUUCCCCCCCGCUGUGUGUAA